AUGGAAGCUGUCGGCGCCAGUGCAAGCAUUCUCACCUUUAUCACUGUCGCUUUCUCCGUGACCCAAUCAAUCCAUUCGGGACUCUCAGCCAUCAAAGAUGGCCCUGAGGUCAUUCGUUCCCUCACCCGUGAGAUUGCGCAGCUCGAGAGUGUUCUACAACGCCUAAAGCAAAUACCCUUUGCUUCUAUCAAUGACAUCGAUAAGUCUCAGCUGAAGGCUUCAGCGAAAAGAUGCAAAGGCGACUUGGCCGAACUUGACCAUCGUCUGAAAUCCCUUGAUGUUUCAACCUCGGAUGGUCGAAGAGGUCGCCUCUGGAGAAAGCUGAAGCUAUGUUUCUCAGAAAAAGAACUCGACCAUAUCCGCAAUGCGGUUCAAAGCCAUUUGCACCAUCUCACGAUUCAGUUCCAUAUUAUCCAAGCGCGACAAAUGUCUUUGACUGCAACUCAAUCUACCCAAAUCUUGAGCGAUCUCCAGCAUCUCAAAGAAGAGAUUGCAGCUUUGCGAAUAAACAGUACAGCUACUAUGGUCACCGAGCAGGGAUCGCUAUCAACUUCAGGAAGAGUGACGGAGGUGGACGACGAAGAGAUGGGCUGUUCACCAGAUACAUCGUUGGAUGAGAGUAUCAAUCGUUUGAUGCGACUACUGGAGAAAAAGCCCUGCGUGGUCGAGUCCGAUGAUUCAGAAGAGCUCCUGAAAGACAUUGAGCAUCUUCUGGAUUGUAUUCGAAAUGAUGCAGAGCCUGCCGAGUCAGAAGGGGUCUGCCAGAACUGUAGCCCAGACGUUUCAAAGGAAUUAAGGCUUAUGGCAAAUAUCAUCCUAUCUUCUCCGUCGAUGAUGAUCAAUCAAACUGAUGCAACAAAAAGAUUCUGGAGACCAGCGGGCGAACAGCUUUUAAUUUCGCAAGAACCAAAACGAAAGGCUUUCGAAACAGAGGAUGGAGUUGUGACAGUCACGACAACCAAGAGACAUCGAAAAUCACCUCGUGAAGGCAAAAAUGAAAAAGCCAAAGAUGAAGCCAGAAGAGACUUCCUCGCAAAAUUAACCUACACAUCCAAAAGGACAAAGAAGAUGCUCACCUUAUCGGUAAAUCAAGGGCAACUUUUGCUCAACAGUUUUAGCUGCAUGUUGCCUUGCAUUACGAUCUGCAACAUUCUACCAAUAAAUUCUCUUGUUUUUGACACGGCCCGAAACGACACAGUCCAAGACCUUGUUGGAUUAUUUGAAGGUGGGAAAGCUGGUAUCCACGAUCAUGAUAUAAAUGGAUGGUCGUUACUCCAUCACUCCGUUCAGAAUUUACCAGUACUGAAAUAUCUGAUCGAGCAGGGAUUAGAUAUCGACGAAGUCGCCUCCCGACCAGAAUUGGACCAAUGGAUAACUCCAUCCCAUCUCGCCCUCAUAGGAGAGGUUCCACCAGGUCAUUAUGAAGCUCUUCUGCACGCAGGGGCUGAUGUGACACUAGAAGUUGGGCAACAACCCACUGCAGUUCAGUGGAUAACCAAUUUUGAUACAGAGGCCCGUUUCAUCAUAAUGAAACGUACGCUUGAUCUAAGUCCUUUUGUUUAUGCCAACUCAAGCGCUUGCGAUUGGGAAACCCAGGAUUUGAUUCCGAGAGUUUGCCUUAAUGCCUUCAUUGGUCACGAUUCUGAAAAACACCAAGCACUUCAGCAAGUACGAUUACUCGUUGAGAAAGGCUACGACGUCAAUAGAACAUUGAACGGCCAAGCCGGCCUACAUCACCUUUUUCUUAAAUCUCACGUUUGGCUUGAGUGGAUACCAGAAUUCAUGGAUCUCUUAUCAUAUCUUAUAGAGCAUGGUGCUGACCUGCAUGCCGAGGACUACGAUGGAUAUCAACCUUGGCACUAUGCUUAUGGUGCCACAUGUGAGGCAUGUUACCUCUUCUGCCCUUCAGCCAAAGGCGAUCUGUGGGAUGCAGUUCUGACGUAUCUUGGCUACGAUAUUUUGGAAAAAAGGAAAGGUUAUCCACGGAAAGCGAGAUAUGCCACCGGAUAUACUCGCGGAGAUUUUCAAAAGCUGUGGCAUGGGCAAGAGGGUAAAUGUCCUUAUUGGGAUGAUCAGCUAUGGCCGCCGGCAUCUGAACAAAGCGAUACGGCAUCCUCCUCUUGGUCGCUAACAAGAGGAAAUCUAUGCGAGAUAUGUAGACCCUGCAUGGAUGAUCCUCUCUGUUUGAACUGUGGCGUUUGCUUGUCUUCUUUCAAGUACUUUUGCGAAGAUGACAAUCAUCAACACGACCGACUUUGCCCGAGGGAGCAAGUCGCAGUCUGGGAGCUUCAGGAAGAAGAUGGCAAAGGUUACUGGAAACUUGUGUACUUCUCAGGCACCAUAUCAGACUAUGAUGUAUCGUCAAGUGAAGAUUCCGAGGAUGGCGGAAUCUUGUUGCAAGACAGGCUUGAAGAAGCGUUUUCUGAUGCUUCAGCAGAAGAAGUGUCAUGA